AACUAUGAAGUGAAAAAAAGUGUGUAUAGAUUGUAGCUUUUGUUUUUAUUAAAAUAAUCAUAAAAAUUACUAUUAUACGUGUCACAACAUAUUUAACAUGAAAUUCAAGAUAUCUGUACAAGACAAUAAUGCACAUAAACGCUUAGUUGCUUGCGUCGCAUGGAGCUCAACAGAAGAAAUAUAUUCGUAUGGACAAGAUCAUUUAUUAAUAUGUUGGCAUUUAGAAGGUAGUAUUGCACAUUCUACUGUUGUGACUGAAUUUCCAAAUGAUUUUUAUCCUACUGUUAUGCAAUGGCAUCCAUAUCUUAAUACUUCCAUCGCUAAGAAAUCAUCUUUGGAUGUAUUAUUAAUAACAACUGCUGACGGUCAAUAUCAUUUGGUCAAUAAAAAUGGUCGCAUUGAAAAAAGUGUCAAUGCUCAUAAGGGGGCAAUGAUAGUAGGAAGAUGGAGUAACGAUGAUUCCGCAUUAUUGACUGCUGGUGAAGAUGCAUUAAUCAAAAUUUGGUCUCGUAGUGGUAUGCUUCGAUCUACUAUAAUUAAAACAAAUCUUCCCAUAUUAACAUCAAGCUGGAGUCCUGACUGUUCAACGAUAUUAUACUCCCAGGGUGCAAAUUUAAUCCUGCAGCCACUUAAUUCUAAUUCCAAGUCUCACAAGAAUGAAAUAUUGUGGACUUAUAUGGCUGUCAUGGCAACUGAUAAUAAGGAAUUUCACGCUGCGGAAGAAGCUUAUGCAGCUAUAGGUAGAUGUGAUAUAGUAGAUUAUAUCAGAUACAUAAAGAGCUUAUCUAGUACUGCAGAAAAAUAUGCAGAAAUGGCACUACUGGCGAGAGAUUUGUUGGCAGCAGAAGGUAUAUUAUUACAAAACGGCUUGAUUAAAGAGGCUAUACAUAUCAAUCUUGAAGUUAUAAUUGGAGUUUAAAAUUGGAAUAGGGCUUUAGAAUUAGCAGUAAAACAUAAAAGGCAAAUUGAAGAGGUUUUAAAUAAAAGAGCAAAAUAUUUGCAAACUAUUAACAAAAAUGAAACGAACCAAAGUUUUCUCACACUUAUAGGAAAUAUUUCUACGCUACAAUCGGCAAAUAAAGAAAAUGAAAAAAAAAAUUAUGUCAAAAAUGUUAUUGAACAAAUCGAUGUUGAAUAAAAUACAUCUAUCUCUGCAAAGCUCCUCUAGCGCUACAACGAUCGCCGAUAGUAAAUGCUCUCUUCUGACAGCGAGCUGCCAUUGAAAACAUCUUGUGGGCUUGCUUGUUCUACCAGAAAACAACAUGUUGCUGGAGCACAAAGUCACCUUCAAGAUUUAAGAAAAAUGAGAAGGAAUAUAACGAAUAAAGAGGACAUAAGGCAAAAAAGUAAUAUAAUGAAGACUUCGUUUAUUA